GGAGGGGUGGAAAGGCCUCCAGUAGUGGCUCAGGCGCGAGCCCUGUCGGCCAGGACGAGCCCGCUCCUCAUGGCCUCCAAGCCGGCUGCCGGGAGGAGCCCGGGGGAGAAGCGCAAGAGGGUGGUGCUGACCCUGAAGGAGAAGAUGGAUAUCUGCCGGCGCCUGGAGAAGGGGGAGAGCAGGAAGGCGCUGAUGCAGGAGUACAACGUGGGCAUGUCCACCCUGUACGACAUCAGGGCCCACAAGGCCCAGCUGCUCCGCUUCUUCGCCAGCUCCGACUCGGACAAGGCCCUGGCGCAGCGGCGCACGCUGCACACGCCCAAGCUCGAGCACCUGGACCGCGUGCUGUACGAGUGGUUCCUGGUGAAGCGCGCCGAGGGCGUGCCCGUCUCGGGCCCCAUGCUCAUCGAAAAGGCCAAGGACUUCUACGAGCAGAUGCAGCUGACGGAGCCCUGCGUGUUUUCUGGCGGCUGGCUCUGGCGUUUUAAGGCCAGACACGGCAUCAAGAAGCUGGAUGCGUCCAGCGAGAAACAGGCGGCCGACCACCAGGCUGCAGAGCAGUUCUGCGGCUUCUUCCGGAGCUUAACCGCCGAGCACGGCCUGUCCCCCGAGCAGGUGUACAACGCCGAUGAGACCGGCCUCUUCUGGCGCAGCUUGCCUAGUCCCAGCCCGGAGGGCGGGGCGGGGCCCGGCCCCAAGCAGAACAAGGACAGGCUGACCGUCCUCAUGUGCGCCAACGCCACGGGCUCCCACAGGGUCACACCCUUGGUGGUUGGGAAAUGCGGCGGCCCCAAGGCGGUCCCGGGCAUCCAGCACCUGCCUGUCGCGUACAAGGCCCAAGGUAACGCGCGGGUGGACAAGGAGAUUUUUGCUGACUGGUUCCAUCACAUCUUUGUGCCUGCGGUGAGGGAGCACUUCCGAGCUGUGGCUCUGCCCGAAGACAGCAAGGCCAUCCUCCUGCUGGACGGCUCCCGCGCCCACCCGCGGGAGGCCGAGUUGGUUUCGGAGAACAUUUUCACCAUCUUCCUGCCCGCCAGCGUCACCUCCCUGAUCCAGCCCAUGGACCAGGGCAUUCGCAGGGAUUUCAUGAGGAACUUCGUCACCCCUCGCGGCACGCUGCAGGCCCUCACCCCCCGCUUCAGCGUGCCCGACGCCGUGCUCGACGUGGCCUGUGCCUGGAACGCAGUGCCGGGCGCCGUCUUCAGCCGGGCCUGGAGGAAGCUGUGGCCCGAGGUCACGCUCGUCGAAGGCUCCUCUUCAGAGGAGGAGCCCGAGCGCCUCAGGACAAAGCCUCCCGACCAGACCUCCGUGCACAUCCCCGGGCUCGGGGGAGGCGCCCCAGCCCGCCUUGGGAGCGCGGCCCCGGGGAGUCCCGAGCUGGCCGAGGCUGGGGGCGGUGACGAGGCGGCCUGGGAGCAGGCGGCUGCAUCCUUCGACGCUGUGGUGCGCUUUGCGGAGGGGCAGCCCUGCUUCUCGGCUCAGGAGGUGGGCCAGCUGCGCGCGCUGCGCUCCGUGUUCGGCAGGCGGCAGCAGGCACAGCGGCGCAGAGCCCUCAGGGCCGCCGUCAAGCUCGAGGCGCCCUGGGAGCCCUCCGGGCCUCGCGGCGCCCCGCCUCGCUCCCCUCUGCCCGGCUCGUCCACAGCGGGCGAGGCCUGAGGCAGCGGGGCCCGACCUGCGGUCUCGGGUCACGUCCCUCGGGACGGCCCGCCCCGUCGGGGUUUUGCCGUGUGGCCUGUCGUGCCACAUGGGC